CCCCACUGCGCGCCCCCCGGCCCUGCGCCGCCGACGCUACCGGCCCUAUGGAUCGCAGCUCCAAGCGGAGGCCCGUGAAGCCCCUGGCCGCGUCCCUGCUCGAAGCGCUCGACUAUGACAGCUCCGACGACAGCGACUUUAAAGUGGGCGACGCUUCCGAUUCUGAAGGGAGUGGGAAUGGAAGCGAAGACCCUUCGAAGGACAGUGGAGAAGGGUCCUGCAGUGACUCCGAAGAGAAUGUCUUGGAGGAAGAUCUCGCCGAAGAAGCCAAGGCCGAGGCGGAACUGCUGAAGAGUGCCGGGGAGGGAGACGUCCUCGGGGCCGAGAAGGCCCUGGGGAAGACGGAGAAGAAGGAGGAGGAGAGCGCAGAGAAGCCCAAAAAGAGGAAGGACAAGGACAAGGCCGAGGGGACCGCCCCUGCCCCUGCACCCCCCGAGGAGCAGGCCAGCGAGCCCAAGAAGUGGAACCUCCGCCGGAACCGGCCCCUCCUUGACUUCGUGUCCAUGGAGGAGCUGAACGACAUGGAUGACUACGACAGCGAGGAUGACAACGACUGGCGGCCAACGGCCGCGCGGAGGAAAGGCAAGGCCGCCUCGCAGAGGGACGGCAGCGACGGUGACAAUGAGGACGACGAAGAUGACGGCAGUGGCAGCGACGAGGAUGACAAUGAUGAAGGCAACGACGAAGGUCACAGCAGCCCCGCCAGCGAAGGGCCGGGCAAGAAGAGGAAGAGUCAGGUCCUGAGCAGGACCAGCGCCGACGAUGAGGAACUGACCAAUGAUAGCCUGACCCUUUCCCAGAGCAAGAGCAAUGAGGAUUCCCUGAUUCUUGAGAAGAGCCAGAGCUGGAGCGCCCAGAAGAUGGAUCACAUCCUCAUCUGCUGCGUGUGCCUCGGCGACAACAGCGAGGACGCCGACGAGAUCAUCCAGUGCGACAACUGCGGCAUCACCGUCCACGAAGGCUGCUACGGCGUGGAUGGAGAGAGCGACUCCAUCAUGAGCUCGGCGUCGGAGAACUCCACGGAGCCUUGGUUCUGCGAUGCCUGUAAAUGCGGGGUGUCUCCCAGCUGCGAGCUGUGUCCGAACCAGGAUGGGAUCUUCAAGGAGACGGAUGCCGGCAGGUGGGUCCACAUCGUGUGUGCCCUGUACGUCCCGGGAGUGGCUUUCGGGGACAUUGACAAGCUGCGGCCGGUGACCCUGACCGAAAUGAAUUACUCCAAGUACGGGGCCAAGGAAUGCAGCUUCUGUGAAGAUCCUCGUUUCGCUAGAACUGGCGUGUGUAUCAGUUGUGAUGCGGGAAUGUGCCGGGCCUAUUUCCACGUCACCUGCGCCCAGAAGGAGGGUCUGCUUUCUGAAGCUGCAGCCGAGGAGGACAUCGCCGACCCCUUCUUCGCUUACUGCAAGCAGCACGCCGACCGGCUGGACCGCAAGUGGAAGCGCAAGAACUACCUGGCGCUGCAGUCCUACUGCAAGAUGUCUCUGCAGGAGCGCGAGAAGCAGCUGUCUCCGGAGGCCCAGGCCCGAAUCAAUGCCCGGCUGCAGCAGUACCGGGCCAAGGCCGAGCUGGCCCGCUCCACUCGGCCGCAGGCCUGGGUGCCCCGAGAGAAGCUGCCGCGGCCUCUCACCAGCAGCGCCUCGGCCAUUCGCAAGCUGAUGCGCAAAGCCGAGCUCAUGGGCAUCAGCACGGACAUCUUCCCCGUGGACACGUCGGACACGAGCUCCAGCGUGGACGGGCGGCGCAAGCACAAGCAGCCGGCCCUGACCGCGGACUUCGUCAACUACUAUUUCGAGAGAAACAUGCGCAUGAUCCAGAUCCAGGAGAACAUGGCGGAGCAGAAGACCAUCAAGGACAAGCUGGAGAACGAGCAGGAGAAGCUGCACGUGGAGUACAAUAAGCUGUGCGAGUCCCUGGAGGAGCUCCAGAACCUGAACGGGAAGCUGCGCACCGAGGGACAAGGCAUCUGGGCCCUGCUGGGCAGGAUCACCGGCCAGAAGCUCAACAUUCCGGCCAUACUGCGAGCGCCCAAGGAGAGGAAGCCCAGCAAGAAGGAAGGAGGCGCCCAGAAGGCCUCGGCCCUGCCGGCCGUCCUGUACAGCUGUGGGAUCUGCAAGAAGAACCACGACCAGCACCUGCUGCUGCUCUGCGACACGUGCAAGCUGCACUACCACCUGGGCUGCCUGGACCCCCCCCUGACCAGGAUGCCCAGGAAGACCAAGAACAGCUACUGGCAGUGCUCCGAAUGUGACCAGGCAGGGAGCAGUGACAUGGAGGCAGAUAUCGCCAUGGAAACCUUACCAGAUGGGACCAAACGAUCACGAAGGCAGAUUAAAGAACCAGUCAAAUUUGUUCCACAAGACGUGCCACCGGAACCCAAGAAGAUGCCCAUCAGAAACACGAGAACCCGAGGCCGCAAGAGAAGCUUCGUCCCUGAAGAGGAGAAGCCUGAGGAGAGGGUUCCUCGGGAGCGGCGGCAGAGGCAGUCCGUGCUCCAGAAGAAACCCAAGUCCGAAGACCUUCGCACCGAGUGCGCCACCUGCAAGGGCACCGGCGACAACGAGAACCUCGUCAGGUGUGAUGGCUGCAGACUCUGCUACCAUUUGGGCUGUCUGGACCCUCCCCUGAAAAAGUCUCCUAAGCAAACAGGCUAUGGAUGGAUAUGCCAGGAGUGUGACUCCACGUCUUCCAAAGGGAGGAACCAGAGAAAUGCUUUACCUCGUGUCCCCUGGAGCUGAGACUGGAGCCUGGACUGCCGCGACUCUCAUGGACAGGAGGAUGAGAAUGAAGCCGAGAGAAAGGAGGGCCCCCCGGAUCUCAGCCUAGAGCACAAACACUCCAGGAAGUGACGGCGUCCCACGUGGCUGGGCUAGGAGCGGACAGAGUCCUUGUUGUCCUAAGAGAGCACUCUAAUAAAGCAGUCCACCAUGGAAGCUCG